AUGGAAGUUCAUAUUUUUUCAGUGUCCUGUCUACUUGUCAUGGGGUCAUUUAUUCGAAAGCUGCCAGUGAUUCGCUCCGCACGUUCAAAAAUACCGGGAUAUACAGUAGUUGGGAAGACGUCGAUCCGAAAUCGUUUUCGGCUACGAUCUUCGGCUGAAGAUGAAGGAACUCUUGAUCCAUUCAGCCUUUGGACGUCUCUACUGUCGCAGGGAUGGCCAGCACUUCAGUGUCUGAGCUUCUGCUGCUCCUUCCUCUUUGGUGAGGGAAAGUAUCUUGCAGGUCCUGCACCAGCCAAGCAGAGGACGAAAGCCAGCGGAAGCACACUGGCGAUUUCUUUACCGCCAUCCGCAUUUGGUUGUUUGCGCGGAAAAUGA